AUGGAUGACCCUGAAGGACCAGCAGCCACCUCGGCAGCUGAUGCUGCCUCGGUUGCUGGCUCAAUUCAGCGUCCUGUCCAGGAAGAUGUCGCUGCUGGUGUCCUUUCGGGCAUCGGGCCUAACGCUGAUACCGCCGCCCAGGUGGCUCGUGAGAAGGGAUGGACGGAGCCAGUUCCAUUUGAAUAUGCUCAGUUGUCGGGCAAGGAUCAUACUGACUGGGCUGGAGUAGCCGCACGCUAUGAAUGGAACGACGAAUUCGGUGAAGUUGGCCCUCCUAACGUUGAGCUAGAGGAUCAGCUUUUCCGCGGUAGUUUCAUCACUCGUGCUGGCGAUAAGCUCGAGAAUCUGAACAGCUACAAGGUCCAUGUUGAGUCCUCGGACGAGGUCAAGCCUGUGACUGAGUGGGAGAAUCUCGGCCUCCACCCGGUGAUGGUCCAGAACAUUGGGCUGUGCCGCUUUGAUCGCCCCACGGCCAUUCAGUCCUAUGCUAUUCCUGCCGUGCUGGCGAACCAGGACCUCAUCGCUGCAGAUGAGAUGCUGGACUCGGGCUGGGAAGAUGAGUUCAAGCGCAUUAUGUCUGGUGGGGAUCUGAACGAGGAUGGUGACCAUCGCUACUUGAUGUUUUCGGCCACUUUCAACAAGGAGUUCCGCAAGCUUGCCAAGGACUAUCUUGCGGACGACCAUGUACGCCUUCGCGUUGGCCGAGCUGGCAGUUCUCACCGUAACGUUGUGCAAGACAUUGUCUGGGUUGAUCAGCACCAGAAGAUGAAGGCACUUUACGAUCUUCUGAUCAGUAUGCCUCCUGUGCGCACCUUGGUCUUUGUGAACAGCAAGGAGCAAGUUGACUUCGUCGAUGAUUAUCUUUACAACUCGUCAAUGCCUACGACCUCUAUCCACAGUGGCCGGACUCAACUCGAGCGUCGUACCGCUCGCAUCGGAAACGAGGGAAUCGCUACAUCCUUCUACAAUGAGCGCAACGAGGAGAUCGCCGAGGAACUAGUCAAGAUUCUCGUGGAAUGCAAGCAAACUAUUCCCGACUUCUUGGAGCAAUACCGUCCAGCCAACGACGAAUUGAACUUCGACGACAACUCAGAGGACGAUUUCUUUGAGGCUGCUUCCGAGGCUGACUCUGACGGUUUCUCUGAAGCUGCGUCUGACGGCGAAAACCAGGCCGAGACCCAGUCUGUCAAGCCAGAGGAGCAGGAGAACCAGGACGACCAUGAGUUUGGAACUGAUGAUCCGUUCGUUGAUUCUGCUGCGAAGCCGAUCCCCGAGCCGAAGGAGUCCAAGAAGUCCAAGAAGUCGAAGAGCCCGGCGAAGAAAAUGGGCAACUUGGACUCUGCGAUCGAGGGCUCACUAUCUCAGUCUUUCUGGAAGACUGACAUAAAGGACAAUGCCGACGAUGGUUGGGGUUCUGCCCCUUCUAAGAGAGAUGACAUGGCGUGGUAG